UGGGGGGGGGUGAGGGCUGCUAAAACUAACCUGCAACGCGGUGUACAUCCUUUAUGCGUAUGCCUGUCUCUUCAAGUAAUACGUUGCGCGAGGAGAGAGACGGAUACGGAAAACAUAGAACCCAUUACACGAAGUAAUUUAAGGAAAUAGUAACAUGUUCAAAUAAAAGUACAGUUAUCAUGAACAAAUGAGGGACGUAUCCUGGUCCUGCAUUUGAGUUGCAGUAUAUGUUUGGUGUGGUGAAAAUGCAGAUGGCUAGAUUUUUCGCUGUCGGUUUUUUCGCAUUGUGUUUACUGAGUGUGGGAGGUGAAAGGGUGACAUACACAUCGUCGGGUUGUGAUUUUCCGGCAAUUUACAACUUUGGUGACUCAAAUUCAGACACCGGUGCUAACUCGGCUGCAUUUUACCCCAUGGCAUCACCCUGUGGUGAAACUUUCUUCCACAGACCGGCCGGUAGGGGCUGUGACGGCCGUCUCAUCAUAGAUUUUAUUGCAAAGCAUUUGGGGUUGCCAUACUUGAGUCCAUAUUUGGACUCACUAGAGAGCAAUUUCAGGCACGGUGCUAAUUUUGCCAGCGGCGGAGCGGCCAUCCGGCGUUCCAAUGAGUCCAUGUCUGAAAAUGGUGUGAGCCCUUUUUAUCUUGACAUCCAGAUUGCUCAGUAUACCCAGUUCAAGUCACGUACCAUCAGUCUUUCCAGCCAAGCCGAGAUACAAUCCGACAGAUUCCCAAUAGUUGAUGACUUCGCAAAGGCGCUCUACACUUUCGAUAUAGGACAAAAUGAUCUAGCCGCAGGUUUUCGGAAAAAAUUCAGCAGUGAACAGUUUGAAGCACAAAUCACAGACAUGAUUAACCAGCAAGCUAACGCCGUACGAAAUUUGUAUGAACAAGGGGCAAGGACAUUCUGGAUACACAACACGGGUCCGAUUGGUUGCUUGGCAGUGACGUUACACAACAUCCAUAAUCCGAGCCCUGGCUUGGUUGACGGCCAGGGUUGCGACAAGUUUCAAAAUGACAUGGCCAAACAGUUCAAUAGGCAGCUGGAGCAGAAAGUGAUCCAGCUAAGGAAGGAGCUCCCCCUUUCUGCCAUAACGUAUGUCGAUGUCUUCGCUACAAAGUACGAACUAAUUGGCAACGCGACGAAGCACGGAUUUUUGGAUAAGGCAAACAUCUGCUGUGGAUAUCAUGAACACGACGACCAUGUGUGGUGUGGUAAUAAGGGCAUCAUAAGCAAUGGGACUCAAGUAUAUGCUGGUUCAUGUGAAGAUCCUUCCUUGUAUAUUAGCUGGGACGGUGUACACUACACCGAGGCUGCAAACCGUUGGAUUGCUGAUCAAAUCGUCGGCGGUUCCUUCUCAGACGUGCCGGUUCCAAUCACAGAUUCAUGUCAUAGGAUUCGAUCCGAGUAAAUUCGUAUACAUAUGUGAUGCUUUCUAUAGCCUCGUAAUUAGUAGUUAACAUGAAAAAAGAAAAAAAAAAAAAAAAGCAGUUAAGAAAUAGUAAACUCAGAAAAAAAGCAGAUAAAUAUUGUAUAAUCAAGGAAUUAAACAUUUUAUUAUACAAAA